AUGAUGGCUACCCUCUUGGGGGCGAAGUUGCGUCUCUUCUGCGCUACAAGCUUGAUAGUUGGGUUGACGUGUAGGCGAUGGCAGAUGAUCUGGGGAUCGAUGCCAGGCAUGUCAGAUGGAGACCAUGCAAAUACGUCUUUGUUGUUCUGGAGGAAGGCUGCAAGCUCUGCCUUUUCCUCCUGGCUUAGGCGCGAGCCGAUCCGCGCUUUUCUUUCUGGCUUGUCAGGAUUAAGGGGUACUAGCUCAACGUCCUCCUCGGGCUUCCAUCCUUCUUCAGGAGAGACCUCUGGACGGAUUCCCUCAACUUGGUCCUGA